GAACUACAGCGCCUUUUUUUUCUUCUUUUCUUUUUUUACUUAGUUGUAAGGAAUGAAAAUGAAACCAUAAAGCGAUUCCGCUUGCCCAUGCACUUCCCAAGAGCCAGUCAUCAAGUGGGGAGUUCCGUUCCUUCAGUCAUUAAAUCAUUUCGUUUCGCCGUGGCCGUUCAUGUAGACGGAUUGAAUGCAUCCAAAGAGAGAGAGAAAAAGAGGGGGGAAAAAAAAGAAAAACUCCGGAAGAGAAAGCCAACGCCGUCACGCACUCCCCGAAAAAAGAUCAACGUAAAAGCAAUGAUGGAGGGGUAGACCAAGAGCAGGGUGGAAAGAAAAGACCGCAACGCCGUGUCAUGACCGUCAAUUGAGGGUGUCGAAGAAGCCCGUUGGCAGC